UGGAGCGUUUGGGUGCAAACCAAAACACUAUAGGUCGAAUACAAAGUGUGUUACUUAGUGAGAUAUAUUUUUAGAUAUAACCAGUUUGGGGCAAGAGUGCACGUGAUAGUGGGUAGGAGGGAACAAGAGAGCUAUCCGGAUGAAGUGAUAGGUGUCAAGACGAAGAAAAACAAGUGCAGCAGGAUCAUCGUUACCUAUUGCUCUUCUUUCACUCUGCGCGUGCACGGUAACUUUAACUAACCACCAGUGAGCAAACAUACGAUUCCCAGCAGAUGGGUUAUGCAAAACUAAAGAAAAUGCGGACUGCUUAGAAAAGGACGAGGAAGAGACAAGGAGAAUCAAGAACAUGGCAACACCUUCAGACAUGGAUUUAGACCUGCACGGACUGUUUAAGGAGAACAAAACCUUCGACUAUGACGAUUAUGUAUACAAGGAUGAGGUUUGCCCUCCCAGCACGGUCUCUGGCUCCUUGGCGAUCUUCAUUCCCCUGCUUUACUCUGUGGGGUUCGUAUGGGGGCUGCUGGGAAAUGGACUGGUGCUGACAAUACUGUGGCGUAAGAGGCUGAGUGUGAUGGACAUCUUCGUCCUUAAUUUGAGUGUAACGGACAGCCUGCUGUUGCUUACACUGCCUCUCUGGGCUGCAGACGCGGUUAAGGGAUGGUUCAUGGGCACGGGGCUCUGCAAACUGGCUGGAGCUCUGUUUAAGAUCAAUUUCUACUGUGGUAUCCUCACAUUGGUCUGCAUCAGUGUUGACUGCUACCUGUCCAUCGUCCGUGGAGUACAGAUGUUUUCCUGUAAAAAAAGUGUGGUGGUUUACUGUUCCUGCCUGAUUAUCUGGAUUAUUUGCUUGCUCCUUUCCAUCCCUGAUUGGAUCUAUCUGAGGCCUAUCAAAACAAGUCAGGAUACAGCAGAAUGUUAUUAUCCACCUGAUACCUGCCGUCUUGCCUCUCGUUUUCCACAUAUUGUGAGCUUUGUUCUACCAGCACUUGUGCUGCUGUUCUGUUGUUCCUCCGUCCUGCUGAAACUAUGGCACAACUCCAAGUGCCAGCAGAAGAAGAAGGGCCGAAGUACAGCUGUCAUUGCAGCCCUAGUGCUGGCUUUCUUCAUCUGCUGGACACCCUACAACAUUACCUUCAUCGUGAACACAGCUCAGCCAGUGGACAGCAUCUCCUCAGCAGGGGCAGACGACUGUGUAGGGAGGCAGUGGACAGCUAGCAAAAUAACAGCCAUUUUUGGACUUCUUCAUUGCAUCAUCAAUCCUGUUAUCUACCUCUGUCUCUCUAAAGAGUUCCGGCAACGCACACUGACUAUAAUAAAGUUCAGUACUUGUGAAACAGACAGUAAUGAAGUUUCGCUUUGGGACUCUGCUGAAGUAAACAGGAAUGCUUCUGUCCAAGAGGAACAAGGUUCACUUCAACCUAUGAAUGACAUUAACCAACAAUAAAACCCCAGGAUUAUGAUACCUGAAAUCAUAAAACAUUGACUGCUGGUUGCUCUGAAACUCAUAAUUCCGUAAAUGUAUUUUAUGAAUACUUUAUUUAACGUAAGCAUUAGAUUUGUUGACAUAUUACUAGUUAUGGAAUAACCCAAUGUUGGAUCAUGAAUUAGCGUCCUCCAAAGGGUUUUGUGCAUGCAUUCUGCAAAAUUCUCCAUUAUAAUAGAUGAUAAAGGACACAUUGUGCUCUUAUUAAGAAAGAAUGAAAAAUGCUUAAAAAAAGAAUAAAAAAUGCUGGCCAACUCAUUUGCGCUUUAAUUAAGUAAAAAUAUCAUAAUGCUGAUUAUUUCCUGUUGCUCUGUCAAAUGUUAUAUUUAUUUAUUAUAAAUAUAUAAAAUAUUUAUUUAUUCAUCUUUUUUUUUUUGCUGCAAGGCCCCACUUACACUAGUACGCCAGUAUAGACGAGGAUUGUUUUUGUUUUAAAACGACCUCUGGUAAAAAUCAUGUUCCAGGGGGUAAAAUCCGUGUUUUUGGUAGGGUUCCCCUGGUUAAAUUCACAUUCAUGUUAUUUGGGGUCGCUUGAACCCGUGGAUAUAAAAAACAACCUGCGGCAACAGUGCAAAAGUAGCCUAAUUGACUUGGCAACACUGACUACAAGACUGAAAACAUGUUACAUGACCGUUCAUGCACACUGGGUAUGCGCGUACAAGUGUAAACAGUUGCCUCUUGCGCAUAUAGAUAGCUGGAGUAUUUUUAUUUUUUUUUUACUGCACAAUGGCUGCUAAAAAUGACAACAAAGCCAGCAAAGAUUGCUGUUCAUUCUCCAUGUUGUUGUUUACACGGUCGUCAAGGAUACGCAGAGCUCACGUGGGCAGCCACGCCAUCGUUUUCAAAAGUCUUCGUUUUCGAGGGUCGAAAACACUGGAGUAGUGUAAGCGAUAGGCGUAACUGUAGCAAAAGUUAUGUGUUUUAAAACAAAAAUGCACUAGUGUAAACGAGACCAAAGUGUUUUGGAAAAGAGUUUACAAUAUUUGGCAUUUUGGUAGAGACUGUGCCUACUUGCUUGAUAACGGAACUGUUCAAUUGAUGUCAAUUCCAAAAUCAGCCUUGUCAAUGGAUAAUACAUGUUUAUGCAUUAAUAUUAUAAUUGCAUAACAGAGGAAUGUCACAUAUUGUAACCAUGUAAAUGUCAAAUCCAUGUCUGUACAAUACAUUUAUUUUUUAUCUACUAAAGUCUGCAGUAGUUGAAAGAAA